AUGAACUCAUCAAUGCGUGUUGUGAGACAUUGUUUAUCCCUGACGCGAUGUGCAAGUUCCUCAUCUGUUGUGUGUGGAAAGGUAAUGACUAAUCCGGAAGACAUCUCCAAACUCUACCUGGAGUUGAGCCGAUUUCCCUCCCUGACCCGAGCUGACAUAGGGCCAGUCAUAACAUCCCAGUAUGGAGGAAAAUACAGCAACAUCUACACAGGUGUGUGUGUGUGUGUCUGUCCGUCGGUCUGUGUGUGUCUCUCUGUUCGUCGGUCUGUGUUUGGGUUUCCAUGCCUUUUAUUUUGUGUCCCCUAGAAUGGAGUCAGCGGGAUCUGGAGAGGAACGAGAAUGUCAAGUUCUGUCGGCAGUACAUUGUGUUUCACGACGACAAGUCAGUGGUCUACUCUGGACCCUCAGGAAACUGCACAGAGAUCAAGGGAGAGUAUGUGGACAUUUGACAGUUUGACACAUGAGUGUGAUCUGUGUUCAGUGUGUGUGUGGUUGAUUUAGUGUGUUUGCUCUGUGUCAGGUUGCUGAGUAAAGACUCUCCAUCAGGAGACAUGAAGGCGGUGGUGAGAGAGAGCAACAUCAAAGGAGAGGACAAACAGUUUCUGGAGGUGAGGGGCCCUCUGUCGCUCUCUCUAUCUGUCGCUCUCUCUAUCUGUCGCUCUCUCUAUCGGUCUCUCUUUUCCCCCUGGGAUGCACAACUGACCUUAGAUAAGUGCCUAGCAUGGGGCAACCCCCCCUUCGCCCAUAUAUCCUCAACCUCUUUCACUCAUUUUGAUUGACAGCUGACCCUCUUUUCCCUUUGACCCCUCCUCCAUUCGGUGACCCCUCAGAUCUGGAGUAAGAACAUCAAAGUGAAGAGCAUCAACCUGACAGCUCUGAAGAAACAUGGCAAGGUCUAUGAAGACGGUGAGACAUCAAUGCCAUGUGUCUGUAUGUGAGAGACUUCCUGAAGUUUCUGAUUCUUCUGUUACUGGCACACAAUAAACUGGUGUUUUCCCUAAAGACCCGCACAGACUGCACGAUUUUUGCAGUCUUAUGCCACGAUUUGGCCGUCCCAGACAAAAUGUACACGCCUUGGGAAAAAUAAACUUUCUACCACAGCGACUGUUAUUCUUAGGAAGCCUAUUUGAUUCGGAGUUCGGACAUAUAAAGUUUGUAUGUGAAAUCUAUUUCUAAGACUUUGUUUUUUCCGAACUCUCUUCACUCGCCCAUAAGCAUAGAGGGCAUGCGCUACUGGAGCUGACACAUGCUCAGAUCAAAUACACUGCUGCAGUUGACAUAGCCGACAUUGGCUGACGUAGCUCGCAAGCCAAUCGCAGAAUGUGAUGAGGGAACUGAAGCAAAUCGUACAAUCUGGCCAGGUUGAUAGCAAGAUUUUAAUUUGGUAACAUCGCACAGUGUGACAUGUAAUAAUCGUAAAAUACUGAAUCCGACAUACAGUAUGGGAAGGCCUUAACACCAAAGUAUAUCAGGCACAUUCUGUAGUUGACCCACCUGUUCGUUUAUAUCUGUUUCCAGACCAGUUUGGCUGCCUGGUGUGGUCCCACUCUGAAACUCACCUGCUGUAUGUGGCUGAGAGAAAGAGACCCAAGGCAGAGUCCUUCUUCCAGGUCUUCAAAACACACACCUACAGUUUAAACAUGAGCACACUGCACUUUCACAAUGCAGUGCUAAUAAACUUAACUGCAAAAUGUGUUAGGGAUUCCCUCUAUUUCCUAACCCCCUCCAUCUCUACUAUAUAGUCAGUUUCUCUUGAGUCCUGUUCUCUUGCUGAUGAAGAGGAGGGGGUGAAAAUGGGCAAGGAGGAGGAGACCACAAAGGUAAGGAGGAGGAUUGAUCCAAUGAUAAACUGUUCCAUUGAUUGACACCCUGCUUUUAAACUAAAAUGUAUUGGUUAACCAUACUGUGUGUUUGCUCCUCCCGUCCUGCAGGGGGAGCAGUUUGUGUUUUAUGAGGACUGGGGGGAGACCUUGGUCAGUAAGAGUUCUCCUGUGCUGUGUGUGUUGGACAUCGAGGGUAGCAACAUCUCUGUGCUAGAGGGAGUCCCGGAUAACAUCUCGCCAGGCCAGGUCAGUACCCUGUGUGUGUGUGAUGUUGGGUGCCAUUUCUGUGUCCACAGGUGUGUGUGUGUGUGUUGCAAUGUAUACAUGUGUUGUACCAGUGUUAUAACUUGUGUCCCCAGGCGUUUUGGGCUCCGGGUGACACAGGCGUGGUGUUCGUGGGCUGGUGUCAUGAGCCCUUCAGACUGGGCCUCAAAUACUCGCCCAACCGCAGGUGAGCACUGUGAUCGAUCAGAGUGGAGGUUAUGAGUGGCAGCUCUGUUAUCCAGUAAAGGCCUCUAACUCUCUUCCCCCCCGGUGUUUCUUGUUGUAUAAUUCAGGUCCUCCUUGUUCUAUGUUGACCUGACUGGGGGAAAGUGUGGUAAGUGUAUUUCACUCUGACAAUUAUAUUACACUCUGCGCUAUACAUGACCAUAGUAUUUGCUAUAAGUGUGUUUGUGUUUCCCUCUCUCAGAGCAGCUUUCAUCAGGCUCCAGUGCUGUGUGUUCCCCCAGGCUCAGCCCAGACCAGUGCAGGAUCAUCUACCUGGAUAGUGCUGUCUACGGACCUCACCAGCAGUGUAGCAGGCUCUGUAUGGUAAGAGAGAGGGAGAGAGAGGGAUGGAGGGGAAAACAUAUCCAACUGCUCCCAAUUAGAGAGAUGAUUUGAAUACUAUUGGAAUAUACCAUAUGUCAUGUCUUGAUGGCUGUGUGUUGUGUCGUAGUAUGACUGGUACACCAAGAAGACCUCCAUGGUGGUGGACGUGGUAAAGAGACCCAGAGAUGGUAAUGUUUCUUUUUUGAAAAGUAGAAUUUGUUAAUAUAAUUACAGCCACUUUUGAAGUUUGCGAGAGUAUGCUGUUUAUCCUAACUGUUUGUGUUCCAGAUGGCUUUACCGGGAUCUACAGCUCGUCUCUGUCUCCUCUGUGCUGGUCAGCUGACAGCCAGCGCAUCCUGGUCUCCUGUCCACAGGGCAGCCGUAAGGUAACGACCCCUAGACACUGAUCAUGUAGAAUUAAUUAUGCCAUAUGCAUGGCCACAAUCAAAUCAUCUUGACAUCUUUUGCCUCCUAUAGGAUCUGCUGUUGGUGGAAACGACCACAGGGACCGUCACCUCUCUGACAUCAAGUGAGUGGGUCACACCGUCCUCUGCCCCCUACUCAGAUCACUGACAAACACUGGCUCUACAUUCUAAAGCUCUAGUACUGUUGGGAUGAAGUGUUGAUGUUCUUACAUUCUGACUGACAUCCUAACGUUCUUGUGGUGUUCUGUGUUCCCCUGUAGAGGCUCCAGUGGGCAGCUGGUCAUUGCUGACCAUAGAGAGAGACUUGAUGGUGGUCAGCUGGUCUUCCCCUAACUGCCCCCCCAGCCUGGUAAUGUAGACCGCGCACACAUAUACAUAGUCAAUAUACUUUAUGUAUUGCUUUGCAGUAAAAUAGACACAUUAUUGAAAUGUCUCGCUUUGGAUGAGUCAUUUAUAGCAACGUCUGCUUAAUGCCCAUUGUCUUAUUGUUUUGUUAUUAAUGACCUCAUUUCCUGAGGCUAGAGGGUGGGCUUCCUGCCACCGGGUGGUUCCAGUGAGGAGGUGGACUGGGUCAUGCUGGAGGAGUCUCAGACCCAGCCUGAUAUCGAUUGGCAGAUCCUCAACUUCACCCCACCCCCAGAGCAGGACAACAGCCAAUACCGUAAGAACGUCCACUCUCACACAGUUUGACUCUUUCUCUCUAGCGAUGUCAGUUAUCAGUAAAUCCUCUCCUGUGUGUCUGAUAUUAUCCUUGUUGUGUAGCUGGUCUGGACUUUGACGCCCUCCUGCUGAAACCAAAGGAUGUGAAGGAGGGAGUGAAACUGCCACUCAUAGUCACCCCACAUGGUAAGUUACACACAAUAUAGUGUGUGUGUGUGCGCCCCCCCUGUUUGGUUGUGGGGAGGAGGGUGAAGUUGCUCAUAGACGCUAAUCUUGGGUCAGUUUGGAAUUUCCCCCACUAAUGGUUGGGGGAAGGGAAGCUGAUCCUAGAUCUGUACUUAGGGGAAACAUCACCCUGAGCAGCUACAUUCUCUCUCUCGCUCUCUCAGGUGGUCCUCACUCUGUGAUUGUAGCAGACUGGCUGCUCUCUUCCUCGGUGCUGUGCAGGAUGGGCUUUGCUAUCCUACUGGGUGAGUUAGAGCUUCAGUUUAUUGUAUCUCUGUCUGCAUAGUAGAUUGUUUCCACGUCAAGAUUUUCAAUGUGGUGACGUUGAAUCAUCGUGGAAAACUUGAUUGGCUUUGCAAAAAGUAAUCAAUGUGAAGGAAUUUCGUGUUUUUAUCUUGUCUAUCUAUCUUGUAGACAAGAAGCGCUAUCCCAAAAGUGUGGUUGGUGCAUAAAACCUGUGAAUCCACAUAAGCAAAAGGUUGGGUCUGCACUCAAAAUGAUGUUGCAUAAAGUGUAGUUCAUUUUUCUAUUUGUUAGAAUUUUGUACUGCAUCAGGAUGUCAUACACAGGCGUUUCUGAUUGAACAGCCUUCUUUUUUCCCCCACACCAUAUUGUCUACACCUAGCCAGUGUGUUUGAAUCCAGUAGAGGAAACUAGCUACAGGAGCAGGUCAGGGAAUCAUUGUGGAUCAUUAAUUGGAUGUGUAAGACAGCAGGUAGCCUAGUGGCUAAGAGCGUUGAGCCAGUAACCGAAAGGUCACUGGUUCGAAUCCCCAAGCAGACUAUGUGAAAAAAAUCUGUCAAUGUGCCCUUGAGCAAGGCACUAAUUGCUCCUGUAAGUCACUCUGGAUAAGAGCGUCAGCUAAAUGAUAAAUAAUAAGUAUGUUUAAGUGGAUGAACAGGGAUCCUUUCCCCUCUCUGUAGUCAGUGUUGCUACCAGGGAUCACAGGCUGUUUUAACACUGACAUGGUAACAGUGUUUCCGCUUGCAGUCAUCAUGCGGCGCUACGCCACACCCAAAAAAUAUGAAACAUGGAAAAACAAAAUCUGCCGAGGUGCACUUUGAAGAUGCCAGAACAGUCCAAAUUGACUUUUCCUCUGCAAGCAAAACGAGUAAUGAAUGUAAAAAAUCUGACAACCCCAUUAGUAGAAUUGUUGAUCUAUUUACCUAGUCGGCUUGUUGUGUGAUCUAUGUGAGAGAAAUAUUCCUCUCGAGGCGCAUUCAAGUUGUGAGUGCCAUUUGGAGGGAACGCUUUUAGCAAUGGCAUGGUUAAACACGUUACCGCUCUGCAAUUUGCAGUGUAUAGGGGAGAGUGGGGCUGAAGGUAAAAUGCCACCCUACCUCAAAAUAAUUUUUUGGGAGUGACUUAUUUAAAAAAUAUAUAUAUAUAUUUUACCUUUUAUUUAACUAGGCAAGUCAGUUAAGAACAAAUUCUUAUUUACAAUGACGGCCUACACCGGCCAAACCCGGACGAAGCUGGGCUAAUUGCGCGCCGCCCUGUGGGACUUGUGAUACAGCCUGGAAUCGAACCAGGGGGUCUGUAGUGACGCCUCAAGCACUGAGAUGCAGUGCCCUAGACCACUGCGCCACUCGGGAGCCCGAGUGAUGAGACAAAAUACAUUUCUAGUUGAGCAAGAUUAGUGGCAACCAGGGAAACUGUUGGGGGGGGGAAUGUUCACUUGUACAGUGGGGUAAAAAAGUAUUUAGUCAGCCACCAAUUGUGCAAGUUCUCCCACUUAAAAAGAUGAGAGAGGCCUGUAAUUUUCAUCAUAGGUACACGUCAACUAUGACAGACAAAUUGAGGAAAAAAAAUCCACAAAAUCACAUUGUAGGAUUUUUAAUGAAUUUAUUUGCAAAUUAUGGUGGAAAAUAAGUAUUUGGUCACCUACAAACAAGCAAGAUUUCUGGCUCUCACAGACCUGUAACUUCUUCUUUAAGAGGCUCCUCUGUCCUCCACUCGUUACCUGUAUUAAUGGCACUUGUUUGAACUUGUUAUCAGUAUAAAAGACACCUGUCCACAACCUCAAACAGUCACACUCCAAACUCCACUAUGGCCAAGACCAAAGAGCUGUCAAAGGACACCAGAAACAAAAUUGUAGACCUGCACCAGGCUGGGAAGACUGAAUCUGCAAUAGGUAAGCAGCUUGGUUUGAAGAAAUCAACUGUGGGAGCAAUUAUUGGGAAAUGGAAGACAUACAAGACCACUGAUAAUCUCCCUCGAUCUGGGGCUCCACGCAAGAUCUCACCCCGUGGGGUCAAAAUGAUCACAGGAACAGUGAGCAAAAAUCCCAGAACCACACGGGGGGACCUAGUGAAUGACCUGCAGAGAGCUGGGACCAAAGUAACAAAGCCUACCAUCAGUAACACACUACGCCGCCAGGGACUCAAAUCCUGCAGUGCCAGAUGUGUCCCCCUGCUUAAGCCAGUACAUGUCCAGGCCCGUCUGAAGUUUGCUAGAGUGCAUUUGGAUGAUCCAGAAGAGGAUUGGGAGAAUGUCAUAUGGUCAGAUGAAACCAAAAUAGAACUUUUUGGUAAAAACUCAACUCGUCGUGUUUGGAGGACAAAGAAUGCUGAGUUGCAUCCAAAGAACACCAUACCUACUGUGAAGCAUGGGGGUGGAAACAUCAUGCUUUGGGGCUGUUUUUCUGAAAAGGGACCAGGACGACUGAUCCGUGUAAAGGAAAGAAUGAAUGGGGCCAUGUAUCGUGAGAUUUUUGAGUGAAAACCUCCUUCCAUCAGCAAGGUCAUUGAAGAUGAAACGUGGCUGGGUCUUUCAGCAUGACAAUGAUCCCAAACACACCGCCCGAGCAACGAAGGAGUGGCUUCGUAAGAAGCAUUUCAAGGUCCUGGAGUGGCCUAGCCAGUCUCCAGAUCUCAACCCCAUAGAAAAUCUUUGGAGGGAGUUGAAAGUCUGUGUUGCCCAGCGACAGCCCCAAAACAUCACUGCUCUAGAGGAGAUCUGCAUGGAGGAAUGGGUCCAAAAUACCAGCAACAGUGUGUGAAAACCUUGUGAAGACUUACAGAAAACGUUUGACCUGUGUCAUUGCCAACAAAGGGUAUAUAACAAAGUAUUGAGAAACUUUUGUUAUUGACCAAAUACUUAUUUUCCACCAUAAUUUGCAAAUAAAUUCAUAAAAAAUCCUACAAUGUGAUUUUCUGGAUUUUUCUUCUCUCAAUUUGUCUGUCAUAGUUGACGUGUACCUAUGAUGAAAAUUACAGGCCUCUCUCAUCUUUUUAAGUGGGAGAACUUGCACAAUUGGUGGCUGACUAAAUACUUUUUUCCCCCACUGUACCUCACUUGUGUUGUUUCAGUGAACUACCGCGGCUCCAUAGGCUACGGCCAGGACAGUAUCCUCUCUCUACCUGGUAAUGUGGGCACUCAAGACGUCAAGGAUGUUCAGGUAUGGAAACAGGAGUUACACCACACACAUACUCUUUUUAGAUCAUUGUGUGGCUUAUUAGUCUAUAGUAUUCAGCCCUAGAAUCAGUCUCUGACUGACUCGUACGUUUCAUUUUCACAGUAUUUUUGUAGUCUCUGUCAUCUGCCCUAUCAAACCUCACUGCCUCCUCUCUCACUUCUCUUUCUCACUUCUCUCUCUCUCUCACACUCUCUUUCUUUCAUCAUUCUGUUUCUGUCUCUAGUUUGCAGUGGAGAGCGUUCUGAGGGACGGGGCGUUUGAUGAGCAGAAGGUUGCGGUUGCCGGGGGAUCCCACGGCGGAUUCCUGGCCUGCCAUCUGAUUGGCCAGUACCCAGAGUUCUACAAGGCCUGCGUGGCUCGGAACCCUGUCAUCAACCUGGCCUCCAUGAUCGGUAGCACCGACAUCCCAGACUGGUACAAACACACUCUCACACUUUCUCACUACGAUGCCCACACAAACGUCCAUUUACCCAUAGGGCCGCGACGAUACCAGUAUCACGGUAUAUUUUCCAUGGCAAAAAUGUAAACACAAAGCUCAGUGGUCCUUUAAAAACCUGCUGUAUGUAAAAUAUUGUGUGCUAUAGCUUGGAAAAUAAAUAAAUGUGACUCUGGAUGACAACCAUGAUGUUUGUUUCCAACAUUAGGGCUGUUUUCCUAAAGAAGUUAAAUCCGCUUUGUGUUUUGUUUCCAUGCCAGGAUACUAAGGAGUAUCUUGAUACUAGUAUCGUCCCAGCCCUACUUACCUAUUAACACACAGGCUUGACAUCAUGAAUGACAUUUACUUUCAGGUUGGUGGAUACAUAGAGAGACAUACACACUUCAGUCUUGAGGGGGUUGCAUAGGCUUACCCAGGAUGAGCUGUCUGUCUGUGUCUCUGUAGGGAGAGGAAGGAAGGAAUAAUUCAAACAAUCAGUAGGGAAACUAGAUAUGACAUGAUAGAAUCCAUACUAUUUGUUUUUGUUCCCUUUUCUCUAUAAGGUGUGGUUAACCGACGUGUGUGUGUGUGUGUGUGUGUUUCAGGUGUAUGGUGGAGGCUGGCUAUAACUACAGUACAGAUUGCCUGCCUGACCCUGCGGUCUGGGAGCAGAUGUUAAACAAGUCUCCUAUCAAACAUGUCAAACAGGUGAGUGAGUUUUAUCCAGCGGAGUGUGUGUUUCAGAUUCUGUGUGUACGGAUCCAAUGCAGGUGAAAAACGCUUUGCUGACUCUAACCUUGUUUUUCUGUGCCUUGUGUCUGUGUGUUGAUUGUAACCCUAUAUGUGUCGAUGUUGUCUCCAUUCAGGUGAAGACUCCUGUGUUGCUGACUCUGGGAGAGGAUGAUAAGCGUGUGCCCCCUAAGCAGGGCAUUGAGUACUACAGAGCCUUGAAGGCACUAAAAGUCCCAGUGCGGUGAGUAGACUGCCUUUGUGCUGUUGGCUGCUGGGUAAUGUAGUAUGUAGGGGUGUGGUGGUCACAUUUCAGAAUAGAGACCAUGAAGCACUUUGUAUGCGUUAAUGUAAUCGGUGUGAAAUGGCUAGCUAGUUAGCGGUGCGCGCUAGUAGCGUUUCAAUCGGUGACGUCACUCGCUCUGAGACCUUGAAGUAGUUGUUUCCCUUGCUCUGCAAGGGCCGCGGCUUUUGUGCAGCGAUGGGUAAUGGUGCUUCGAGGAUGGCUGUUGUCGAUUGUGUGCAGAGGGUCCCUGGUUCAAGCCCAGGUAGGGGCAAGGAGAGGGAUGGAAGCAACACUGUUACAUUAAGUAAAGGUAAUCAAGAGCUAACCAUUUAAUGGGGGUGCAUCCCAAAGACAGCUUCUCCUCUUACUAUUUGUUUAAAAAACAACAAGACUGUCUUAAACUGAGACUCAGUGAUUUAAUGUUGCCACGAGCAGCAGGAUGAACCGCAGAUGAACGCCAUGACGUAGGACAUAACGCAAAACAAUGCACUCAGUAUUACAGAGUAUCUGCGCAUGGGUGAGCUUUAAUCUGCUAUAAAGGUGAUAGCUGCGGCACCAAAACAGGAGAAGUUUAGCCUCACGCUUCAAUGGUCUUUCUUGGCAGCCGAUAUUGUUGUUUACUUCAUGCAUCGCUGACUCUCAUUUCUUAACUUUGCCUGGAUGCCUUUCUUUCAGGUUGCUAUGGUACCCAGGGAACAACCACUCCCUGUCCAAGGUGGACGCGGAGUCUGAUGGCUUCAUGAACAUCGCUCUCUGGAUGACCCAGCACCUCUCUCUGUGACGAUACCAUUAGCGAUAGCAUGCUAACAACAGGAUGCUAAUCUGUAUAAAAACGGUGUGAGGGUCAGGCCAAAGCGCUCAGGGUGCACUUCAACCAAAAAGCACUUACUGUAGGCUACCUGCACUAAGUCAUCUGUGAUUAGGUCAUCUGCGUCAGUUUAUAGCUUUGUAAUUACAAUACAAGUUCUUGUCCUAUAUCAAAUAUGAAACUCUUGAAACACAUUGAUUUUUGCCUGUCAUUUACAGUUGAAGUCGGAAGUUU